UUCAGUUCCUUACAAAUGCAUGAAACCUGCAACAUUUGUUUGUAUCUGCAGAAAUUUAGGGUCAAUAACAAAUUCAAAAAUUGACAAAACUUUCGGUUCAACACAAUUCCCCCUUUUGUGUGUCUGGUAUCAAUGGAGUGUAUAAAAGAGAAUGAUGGUGGAUAGAACAAAAUCCCCUCAAUUCAUGGGGAUUUCAUGGCUCUAAAGCAACCCAAGAGAGGCUCAUAAGUCAAAAUCAAGUAGCUCACAUGCUCUUUUCUUCCCUUAAUCCUUGCUUCCAAUAUGGUGUAAGCCUAGUUUGUUUUUCUCAAUGAUUAAAUCUUGAUUUUUACGUACAUAUCUUAGUCUUUAUAGUUACAAGGUCAUCAGAAAUUACAAAUCAAGAGUUUGUAUGAACUUCCCUGUUUUGGUUUAUUAGGAAAUUGAGAAAUUAUGUAGGAAGAAAUGGAUAAAUGAGAUUUCCAUGAAAAACCCACUUAUUUUCCUAAGAAAAUACAUCAUAUUUAAAGAGAUUUUUCACCAAAGGAUGGAUCUUUUCUCUUGGUAUGUUUGGAUUUUCCUCGUACAGCUUGUGGACACUCUGUUCUGGGUUUUCACCAGAAUCUUCAUGAGAUACUUCAUUCAUGAAGCAAUCAAUUCAGAUUGUUCUUCAAGCCUUUGCCAUGAAACCUAUCACACUGAUCCUAACAACUCUGAGAUUAAAACUGUGGUUGAAGAACAUUGUUCCGAACAUUCCAAAGAUGCAGAGUUCAAAAGUGAAAGAUUUGAGGAAGGUAAUGAUGUUAUUCAACUUAAACAAGAGUGUAGUCAUCAAAGUGAUUCAAAUGGUUCUGAACCAGAAGCCAAGUCCAAUGGAGAUUGUUCUGAAACAGUCACUCUUACUAACUAUACUGGAAACUUUGGCGUUGAAGAAAAGGAGAAAAUGAUGUUGGUUUUCAAAUUCCAAUAUCAAACUUGGAACUGUGGUGAAACUUCUGAUUUUGUGAACACUGACAAUGAUAAGGCUCCUGGAAUCAACAACAAGCACGAGUUCAUCUCAGGUAAAAGUUUCAGCACCUUCUUGGAUGAAACAUGUGUUCAUUCAAAAUAUUUUCCUUUGGAAAAGGAUUCUGCAGUUGAAUCUGAAGGGAGCUUUGAAGCAGAAAGUUAUGUUGAUCAAGUAGUGAGGCCCCAGACCGCACCUUCUGUAGAACAGCCGAAUGAACAUCAAGUGGAGAAUCUUAAUGCCAAUGUGUUUGUUGAAGAAAUUUCAGCUGUGGAUAGUGUCUUUUCUGAAGAUGAUUUCAUUUGUGUAAGCUUUGAAUUAGAUUCUAUGACCAGUUCUGUAGAAGGUGGGUUUUUGUUGGACACAGAUUUUGCAACCACUGUUAAGCAUGAUGAAGAAAAUGGAGUGCUACCAAAGGAAAAUUUGGACUACGAGGGUGAAAUAAGAUCAGAGAGUUUAUACUUUGAACAUAGAGACACAAUCAUUGGGAUAAGAAAUUUGGAGGAAGAGAUGAGAGUGCAGCAAGAUUCAGAUAUUAUUGAGAACAUAAAUUUGAAAAGCCAUUGUUUUCAAGAUAGGCAUGGCAAGAACUUGCAUGGUUCAACAGGUUCAGAUCUUGAGGAUUCCUACCGGUUUGAUGCGCAAUGGGAACACCAAGAAUUGAUAGAACAGCUAAAGAUGGAGCUGAACAAGGUCAGAGCCACUGGUUUGCCUACUACCUUUGAGACACAAAGAAUAAUGAAAGACUUGAAGCCAUGGGAAAUUGAUGAAAAUUUCAAGCAUGGAAGUACAAGAAAUGAUCUCACAAAACUCUACAAGAGUUACACAGAAAGAAUGAGAAAAUUUGAUAUCUUAAAUUACCAGAAACUGUUUGCCAUUGGUGCCCUGAAGACCACAGACCUUCUAUCAUUUUCAAGUCGUGAGAACUCUUCUCAGGCCAUCACAUCCUUGCUUCCACAUCUCUUUCACCAUUAUAGACGUAAGAAGUUUGAAUCUGAUCCAUUGAAGAAGUUCAGAAGAGAAAUUUACAGUGACUUGGAAAUGGUUUAUGUGGGACAGUUGUGCCUUUCUUGGGAAUUUCUUAGGUGGGAGUAUGACAAGGCCUUGCAGUUAUGGGAAUCUGAACAACAUAGGUUUCAAAGUUACAGUGAAGUAGCUGAGGAGUUCCAACAAUUUCAAGUGCUUCUGCUAAGAUUCUUAGAGAAUGAACGUUUCCAAGGUCCAAGAGUUGAAUACUAUGCCAGGAAUCGUUGUGCUAUGCAAAAUCUUCUUCAUGUUCCAGUUAUAAGAGAGGACAGCACCAAAGAUGAAGAGAAAUAUGCAGAUAAUAAAAAUGAAAUGACAAGUAACAUGCUAGUUGAGAUUUUGGAAGAAUCAAUCAGGAUAUUUUGGCAUUUCACUAAAGCUGAUAAAGAUGCAUCUAGCUCAGCUCAUAAAGGUUCAAGAGAAACUCAAGUAAAAAUCCAAGAUCCUGCAGAUUCAGAAUUUCUAAGGGAGAUUCAAGUAGAACUUCAGAAGAAGGAAAGAAGAGUUGGUGAAUUUUUGAAGAGCAGAAGUAGCAUACUGAGGAUGUUCCAAAAGCAUGAGGAAAAUAGUAGAGAUAAUUUUCUUUACCUUUUUCCUCAAGUGGAGAUAAAAUUGGUUUGGAGAGUGUUAAACAUGUCAAAAAUAACAAAGGAUCAACUAGUAUGGUGUCAUAAUAAACUAAACAAUAUCAAUGUUGUAAGCAGAAGGAUACAUAUAGAACCACCAUCUUUCUCACUUUUUCCUAGCUAGCAUUUGCUAGCUUUGUACAUAAUUUGGAUGUAGCCAAGGAAAUUUUUAUUCUUUCCACAACUAAAUUGUUGGUGUUUUGUAAAUAGAGAAUGAAACAGAGGUAUCACGCUAAGAAUUACAAGUUA